GGGGCGCGGGCGAGGAUGGCGGCGGAGAACGAGGCCAGUCAGGAGAGCGCCCUGGGCGCUUACUCGCCCGUGGAUUACAUGAGCAUCACCAGCUUCCCGAGGCUGCCGGAGGACGAGCCGGCGCCCGCGGCCCCUCUGAGGGGCCGCAAGGACGAGGACGCCUUCCUGGGAGACCCCGAUACCGACCCGGACUCCUUCCUGAAGUCUGCGCGGCUGCAGCGGCUGCCUUCGACGUCGUCGGAGAUGGGCAGCCAGGACGGGUCGCCGCUGCGGGAGACACGCAAGGACCCGUUCUCUGCGGCAGCGGCCGAGUGCUCCUGCCGCCAGGACGGGCUCACAGUCAUCGUCACGGCCUGCCUCACUUUUGCCACGGGUGUCACUGUGGCGCUUGUCAUGCAGAUUUACUUCGGGGACCCUCAGAUCUUUCACCAGGGUGCCGUGGUGACUGAUGCUGCCCAUUGCACAUCGCUGGGCAUCGAGGUGCUCAGUAAACAGGGAUCUUCCGUGGAUGCCGCUGUGGCAGCAGCCCUGUGCUUGGGGAUCGUGGCUCCACACAGUUCUGGCCUGGGCGGUGGCGGCGUGAUGCUGGUACAUGACAUCCGACGAAAUGAGAGCCACCUAAUUGACUUCCGGGAGUCUGCACCAGGGGCCCUCAGGGAAGAGGCCCUGCAGAGAUCCUGGGAAACCAAGGUGGGGAUGCUGCCUGGGCUCUUGGUGGGGGUCCCCGGAAUGGUGAAGGGGCUACAUGAAGCUCACCAGCUCUAUGGCAGGCUGCCAUGGUCCCAAGUCCUGGCCUUCGCAGCAGCUGUGGCCCAAGAUGGCUUCAACGUGACCCAUGAUCUAGCCCGAGCCCUGGCCGAACAGCCUCCGCCCAAUGCAUCUGAGCGUUUCCGUGAGACAUUCCUGCCAUUGGGCCACCCGCCACUACCUGGCUCACUGCUGCGUCGGCCUGACCUGGCUGCAGUGCUGGAUGUGCUGGGCACCUCUGGCCCCACCGCCUUCUACGCAGGAGGCAAUCUUACACUGGAGAUGGUGGCUGAGGCUCAACAUGCAGGGGGUGUCAUAACUGAGGAGGACUUCAGCAACUACAGUGCCCUCGUGGAGAAUCCUGUGUGUGGCGUCUACAGAGGCCACCUGGUUCUCAGUCCCCCACCCCCGCAUACAGGGCCUGCCCUCAUCAGUGCUCUCAACAUCCUUGAAGGCUUCAAUCUUACCACCCUGGUGUCCCGGGAACAGGCUCUUCACUGGGUGGCAGAGACCCUGAAGAUUGCAUUAGCCCUGGCCAGCAGACUGGGAGAUCCUGUCUACGAUUCUACCAUCACUGAGAGCAUGGAUGACAUGCUCAGCAAGGUGGAAGCUGCGUAUCUCCGGGGCCACAUCAAUGACUCCCAGGCGGCUCCUGCUCCACUCCUGCCUGUCUACGAGCUGGAUGGGGCUCCCACGGCUGCCCAGGUGCUGAUCAUGGGCCCUGAUGACUUUAUCGUGGCCAUGGUCAGCUCCCUGAACCGGCCCUUUGGCAGUGGCCUCAUCACUCCCUCGGGGAUCCUGCUCAACAGCCAGAUGCUAGACUUCUCCUGGCCCAACAGGACUGCUAACCACUCUGCUCCCAGCCUGGAGAAUUCGGUGCAGCCAGGGAAGCGACCACUGUCUUUCCUGCUGCCCACUGUGGUCCGGCCGGCAGAGGGGCUCUGUGGGACCUACCUCGCACUGGGGGCCAAUGGAGCUGCCCGGGGCCUCAGCGGCCUGACCCAGGUUUUGCUGAAUGUCCUGACCUUGAACCGGAACCUGAGUGACAGCCUGGCUCAUGGCCGUCUGCAUCCAGACCUGCAGUCUAACCUUCUGCAGGUGGACAUUCUAGGCACUGAAGAUCAAUAGUGAACAAGACAACAUCCUUGACUUCAAAAAGCUUAUAAUCUAAUGGAGAGAGACCUAGUAAACAAACAAACAAACAGGUAGCAAUAAGCACUUUGAAAGAAAAUAAAGCAAGGUAAAGAUGACAGGGCUGCUACUUUAGAUAGCGGUCAGGUAAGUUCUCCUUGAAGAUUGGAAUGAAGUAAGGAAGCCAGUCUCAUGACUAUCUAGGAGGAGAACAUUCUAGACAAAUAGAACAGCAAGUGCAAAGCCCUGAGGUAGGAGCAUGUUUGGCCUACCUGAGGGCAGCAAGGAGGCUAAAGCAGAGGUAAGCAAGGGAGAGAGUAGAAAGAAGUGAGGACAAGAGUUUAGAGAGGUAGUGAGGUCCCAGACGAUGUUGUGCCUUAGAGGCCCUGGUAAGGACUUUGGAUUUUAUUCUAAGAGUCAUCAAAGCUAUUGGAAGUUUUGAGAAGGGGAGGUGAGUGGUCUAAUGGUUUAAAAGGAUUCCAUUUACCUGUAUGAAAGCAGGACUGGAACCAGAAAGACCAGUCAGUGGGCUAUGCAGUAAUGGCUGCAUCCUGGCUAUCCUGGCAAGUGAUGAUGGCAGCUUGGCCUAGGCCGCUAGAGAUGAAGAGCUCAAAGCCCUUUGUGCAAUGUUAAGAAUGACCGUUAUGUUAUCGAUCACAUACUAUAUGCAAGGCUCUGAGCUCUGUGCUUUCUGUGUAUUAUCUCCUUUAAUCCCUAUAACAAUGUCGUGUGUUGUUUUCAUAUAAUCCGUAUUUUAUCCAUGAGGAGGCUGAGGCUCAGAGAGGUAAAGCAAUUUGCCCAAGGUCACGCAGCUCCUCAGUGGGGCAUCCAGGACCACCACUCGGGUCUGACCACAGGACUCCUGCGCCAGUGCUCUGAACACUCUGAAUGUGUAUAUGUUGGGGGGUGGUUUUCAGGUGAGUUCACAGAGGAAGAGAUUGAGUUCCUGGAAGCCAGGGGUCACCAUGUGGAGAAGGUAGAUGUCUUAUCCUGGGUCCAUGGCAGCCGGAGAACCAACAACUUCAUCAUUGGUGUGAAAGACCCUCGGAGCCCAGACG